AUGGAAGUAAAGGAAGGACCCCUCAACCCGGCUUAUCAACAGACCUGAUGAGCAGACCAUUCAUUAGCUGCAGGCAAAUACGAAGAGGCUAUUUCUUCUUACAAAAAGGCUGCGGCAUAUCUUUCUGAAGCCAUGAAGCUGACACAAUCUGAGCAGGCUCAUCUUUCACUGGAAUUGCAAAGGGAUAGCCACAUGAAACAGCUCCUCCUCAUCCAAGAGAGAUGGAAAACGGCCCAGCGUGAAGAAAGAUUGAAAGCCCAGCAGAACACAGACAAGGAUAUAGCUGCCCAUCUUCAGGCAUCUCACAAAUCCUCUGCAGAGGAUGCAGAGGGCCAGAGCCCCCUUUCUCAGAAGUACAGCCCUUCCACAGAGCAACACCUGCCUGAGAUUCAGGGGAUCUGUGACAGGGAUCCAGACACAGUACUAUAUUUACUUCAGCAAAAGAGUGAGCCUGUGGAGCCCUAUAUUGGAAACAAAACCCCAAAAGAUAAAAAAAUAGUUAUAGAGGAGCAGGCAACCAAAAUUGCAGAUUUGAAGAGGCAUGUGGAAUUCCUUGUUGCUGAGAAUGAAAGAUUAAGGAAAGAAAAUAAACAACUAAAGGCCGAAAAGGCCAGACUUCUAAAAGGUCCAAUAGAAAAGGAGGUGUAUAUAGAUGCUGAUUUUGUAGAAAUGUCAGCGUUACAGAGCUUGCCACCACAUUCAGAAACUGCUAUAGCCUCCUCAACGCUGCAGAAGUUUGCGGCAAAUACCUGGAAAGCCAAGGACAUUCCAAUCCCCAAUCUUCCUCCCUUGGAUUUUCCAUCUCCAGAACUUCCCCUUAUGGAGCUCUCUGAGGAUAUUCUGAAACGAUUUAUGAAUAAUUGAAAUGGAAGGCCACAGAAGAGGAGGGGAAAAGAGGAAAUAAUACAGUAAUAGUUAAUCCAACAA